CCGCGCAGGGUCUGACGGGAGGGCAGUGGCUGCCCAGGUGGAGGGGCUGGUGGGCGUCCGGCAGCGGUAUUUGUACCGCCGGCGUUGCCCUUGCUCGGUUAAAAUCCUGCUGCGCGGCUCUACGCGCAGGACCUCCCAUCUGAACGCAGAGUGAAGGACACGGCUUUCUAGCUGCGGUGCACGGCAGCCGUUUGGCGUCCGACACUCCGUUGCCUGGCGGCGCUGGCAAAGUGGAAGCAUGGCGGCAACGGGGGUGGCGGCAAAGACCGAGACUGCCUCGCCAGCUGCAGCAAGUAAGAAAAGUUUGGUAGUAAACUUGUCAGGUCAAGGAUUGCAAAAAAUGGGUCCCACCUUACCCUGUGAUGCUGAUACUCACACGCUGAUUUUGGACAAAAACCAGAUAAUUAAAUUGGAACACUUGGAGAAAUGCAGGAAUCUGAUGCAGCUCUCUGUAGCUAACAAUAGGUUGGUGCGAAUGAUGGGCGUAGCAAAACUGACUAAGCUCCGUGUGCUAAACUUGCCUCAUAAUAGUAUUGGAUAUGUGGAAGGGCUAAAGGAUUUGGUGCACCUGGAAUGGCUGAACUUGGCAGGAAAUAACCUUAAGGCCAUUGAACAAAUCAGUUCCUGUCUGUCUCUUCAGCAUCUCGAUUUGUCAGACAAUAACAUAGCACAGUUAGGCGAUCUCUCCAAGCUCACAUCACUGAAGACUCUCCUGCUACAUGGAAAUAUUAUAACUUCACUUCGCACUGCACCUGUUUGCCUACCUCAGAACUUGACUGUUUUUUCUUUGGCAGAAAAUGAAAUCAGAGACUUAAAUGAGGUUUCUUUCCUGGCCUCUCUUCAUCAGCUGGAACAGUUGUCAAUUAUGAACAAUCCUUGUGUGAUGGCCACACCUUCUAUCCCUGGCUUUGACUACAGGCCAUAUAUUGUCAGCUGGUGUCUGAACCUUAAAGUUCUUGAUGGAUAUGUGAUCUCUCAGAAGGAGAGUUUGAAAGCAGAAUGGCUCUACAGUCAAGGUAAAGGAAGAUCAUAUCGACCUGGGCAGCAUGUUCAGCUAGUCCAGUACUUGGCUACCGUUUGUCCUCUUAUAUCUACGUAUGGGCUCCAGACUGAAGAGGAUGCCAAACUGGAAAAAAUCCUGAGUAAGCAGAGACUCCACCAGAGGCAGUUGAUGCAUGAACACCAAAAUGAAGGACCACCUACAUCAUCUACUCCCAACAAAACACCACCAGUUACUUCUGAACACAGCAGUCCAGCCCAGCCACCACAGAUAGUUCUUGAAAGUGAACCUAUCAUCCAGAAGAAUUCUUGGGUUGGACCAAGUGCCAAUGAUGAUCAUUCCUGUGUAGCAAAGAAGUCUUUUCUUCCUGAAAGAAGUUGUCACAAGGAGCUAUACCUUGAAGAUAUACAGACAGAUGAAGACAAACUAAACAGCAGCCUUUUAUCCUCAGAGUCUGCUUUCGUGCCAGUUGCUUCAAGAUUGUCUCCAGUGUCUCCUAUUUCAGAUCUGAAGCUCCAUGGACUCAAUUUGGGCUUAGAAGACAAUGAUGAUACAGUGGUCAAAUGUGUGAGAGAUAGUAUUAGUGGAGAAACAGCUAACAAACAAGCUCUAUGUAUUGCAAGAGAGCAGUCAAACAGAGUAGCGAGAAGUGGGGAACCUCAGGACAAUAUCCAAGAGAAUAUGUCUUUGCCACCUUCUGAUCUAGUAACAGCUAGCCUGACUGGCAGCUGUUCAGCAUCCUCUGAAGACCAAGUUCUGUGUAGUCACCCUAGUGCCUCAGUAGGUGCUGAAUCAGGACCAACAACUCACUGUCCUGACCAGAAGAAAGGAGAGAGUUCUCCAUUGUUGGUUGGUGUUGAUCAAAGCACAGCUGAACUGCAAAGAAUGAAUAAAGCAGCUGCCAAGCUUCAAGCCUGCUGGAGAGGGUUUUACACAAGGAAUUACCAUCCCCGAGCUAAGGAAGUGCGCUAUGAAAUCAGACUAAAAAGAAUGCAGGAGCACAUCAUCUGCUUAAAUGAUGAAAUAGAAAAGUUAAGAAAAGAAAGAGAGGAAGAUAAAAUUCAGAGGCUUGUUCAGGAGGAAGCUGUCAGAUUUCUUUGGAACCAGGUUCAGUCCCUUCAACAAUGGCAGCUGUCAGUGACACAGAAUUUAGGUGCCACUCAGCAACCUGGGAUCCCUUCAGCCGGUGCUCUGUGUCCAUCUGAACCAUCUAUUCGAUCAUCCACACUUGAGCAAGAAACCCCAGCAGAUGUUAGCCCUGCUCUGUUAGUUCCAUCUACUGAUGUUAUUCAGGAAAAGUCCUUGUUGCGGUACCCAGAUUCUGGCUUUCAUUCUUCCAUGGCUGAUCAGACUCAUGAUGGUGACUUGAGUAGCUCUGAAAAGAGCUUAGUGGAAGGACCAGAGAGCUCUCUUUCAAUGCAAACUGUCAAACAAUGUGACAAUUCCAUUUCAGCAGGUUCUUCAGAUACAGAAGAUGGCCAUGGGGAAUGUGGGCAGAGUAAAGAGAGCUCUAAUAAUGAGCAGGACAACAGUCUAAUACAGCAGUAUUUGAAAUCAGUUCAGCAGCUGGAGGAGGCUGAUGAAGGAACAAACUGCAAUGAUGACACUGAGGGCAACUGGAUGCAAAUUGCUGUUUCAGUAGGAAGCCAAGAUUCUUCAUCUGACAGUGUCUCUGUAGAUCUCCCUCAAGAUACAUCUUCCCCUACCCGAGGUGAAAUCAGCCAGACAGCAGAAGGCUGCAAAAUGAAUUCGGGAAUAGUAGAAGGGAAGCAGACAGACUGUGAUUCUUCAUUCCAGGUGCUGCAUGUUGGGGUAGCUGUAUAACAGGCUCAGUUCUACAAAGGACAAGGGAUUUCAUUUUACUUUGCUUUAUCAUUAUUUUACCCAUAGAUACAGAACUUUUUUUUAUAUGUGCUCUUGCAGAUUUGUGACUCAUGUUACCAAUUUGUUUUAAUUAGUAAUUUACUGAUGUUGCUGAGGACUAACACUAACUGCUAACCUGAGAUCAACAAAGCUCUCAGUGACAGUCAUGCACUUUAUUUUCAUACAUAAAACUGAUAUCCUAAUAACUGGCUUCCUUUAAUUGGAGAUGUUGGGGAAGGUGAUGUUGCUUGCUGUAAAUUCAUUUGGGUGAAUGUGUUAGUAAGCCUUUAAGGUGGUUUUGUUUUCUCUGAAAAGCAGAGCUUUUGCUUUGCAAUGAGAGGGGAACAACAUGGGAAGAGAGAGAGUCAGUACAGGCAGCGUACAUGUGUAGGGAUACAGCCUGAUGAGAAAUACAAAAGCAAGUUGCCUUUCAGACCUCUGACUUCAACAAGAGUAGUUUGGUCAGUGUUUCAAAGCAGCAUUCCAUUCAACCAAUAUCCAUGUCAGCAACUUCUUUUUUGUUGUUUACUUGAAGGUGCUGGCUAGGAAUUAGCUAACUUACACAUGCACUGAAACAAGAAGUUACAGGAGUGAGACCAUCAGGAGCUUCAAACAGACUUUGACCUUUUGUUUGACCUGGGGUUGAACUUCCCUAUUUUCUCAGGUGAGGCUCAAAGUAGAACCAGUAGUAGCCUUUACUAAAACAAGAAUUUCAAGAGGGCGUGUAACUUGUGAACACCAUUUCCAAGAAUACUCUUCUGAGUUAGUAGCAGCAGACUUUUGAUGUGUUUUCCCUCCACAAGGAUGUUGAUGAUACAGUAGGACUUGGAUCUUCAUGGCUUUGGCAUGAGUGCAUUUUAUGGAUCACAACAAGGUAUAAAUACUAAAAGCAAAUACCAUGAGUUUUAACUGUUUAUUGACAUCUCUGUUGUGGGGGCUUAUUGUUCUGGGGUUUUGUGUUUGGGUUUUUUCCUCUCUAUAUCCAGUAUUUGACAUUCUGAUUAGGCAUGGAUAAAAAGCUAUAGUUCAUCCCUUUUGACAAAUGUGCUGUUACCUAAUCUAUACUUUCCACUGAAAUACUGAGUUUGUAUCUUGUUCUAGGCACUGCUAUGCUGGGUUUGGUUUACAGUGGAAAAAGAUCAGUUCUUUUAGUGUUUUGCAGAAGUGGUUAGGGGAAUCUAUGAUAGAAUUUGUGAUGGUCACCAGUGAAAUGAAAAACUUGAUGUUGGUAUUCCCAGAGUUAAGUUCAGUUUGCCAGUGCUGCAUUUUGCAGUGUGUCCUGGAAAGCCAGUGUUCCACUAGCUUGCUAACGAUAACUUCUCAGCUACAAAGACAUGCAUUUUAUAGUUCUCUGAAUCCACAGGGUAACUUCUGGUGCUAUGAUGUCGUUAAAAUCAACUAGUGCUGUUUUAAAGUGAUUCUUGUGGCCAUGUUAUUGUGGAAAAUAGGUUUAAUUUUUUGUAAUAGCUUUUGUUGCUUCUGUACUUCAGGUUCUGUGCUGAAAAUUUACCACUACUCAGGAGUUUGGCAUAAGGCCAGCAUCUGCUUGAGGUACCAAAAUAGCCCUUUUUUAGAACAUAAAUGAUGAAUGGGACUUGCACCAGUCAUCUACCCAGUAGUGAAGUUCACCUUGGAAGAAUAAACCUUGCCUUUUGUAUAGAGUAGCCAUUGCCUUCUGUUUUGUUUUAGUGUUUUUCCCCCACCACCCAAGAAAUUAGUUCUAGGGCACUACUUUCUCAAAAGAGCUCUCAUUACAGUCCAGAUGUGCCUUGAGUACAUGAGAGCAUUUGAAAAACAAGACAACUGAGGUGGUAGAUUGUUAAUGUCUUAUCUUUCAAACUCAGUUUCAGCACAUUUGUAGCCUAACCACUCAUAGCAUGAGUGCACUUGAGUAUUGAAGGUGGUACAGGUGCUUUAAAUAUCACAGCAUCUAAUUGACUGUGCAAUGAAGUGUGCAGUGUACAUGAUGAUAUUAAUCCUAUGGAAAUUCUUAACUUGGACUUUUAUUUGCCAUGCUUGGAGAUCUCUGCAGUUCACAGAAUUUGACUCUGUUUAAAAACAAAAUCCUCAACUAAACCUUUAAAGGUAGUUUCUUUGAAUUUUGUGAGAGCAAUUAUUUCUGUCCAUGAAACAGCUCCUGGACCUUACACUCUGGAGGCAGUGGUUAGGUGUAAUAAAUCAGUAAGUUCUCUGUUGUGACAGAAUGCUGUGUUAGCAUGUGCAAGACCUGGGAGAACCCAGACUACUGUCUGGAUAAAAAUGCUUCAUUUUUCCAUUGAGGGACCAUAUUUAUGUUGCUGUUUUGUAUUACUGUUACUUUUGCUGCAGAAUUAGAGAAACAGCUUGAAUUUUGGAGAUUCCAAAGAGGAAAACUUAGCUUUUCAUGAAAGCCCUAGAUGUUUCUUGACACUUUAUCUGUUGUUAGGGCUUACAAAUGCAAGACAACUUAUUUUAAUGCAUAGGUCACCUUUUUAACUUACAAUAUGUGUAUCCAAAACUGAUUCUAUGAAGGUACAGCAAAGUCUGUACUGACAUAAAAUCAGUUUUAUUUUACUCUUGCAGAGGUUGUAAAAUAGGAAAUAGCUCCCCCUCCUCCCCUAUUCUGAAAAGUAUCUUGCAUGUAGGAAAUGAAUUGCCUAAAUAAUCAGAAAUCACAAAAAGUGGUGACCUUUUUACAGGACUAAAUGUAAUUAGUUUGUAUAUAAACAAUAUUUUCAUGCUGACCAUUAAAAUACAUACAGGGAAAGACAGAGUGGAAAAAUAAGAGAUGAAACUGGAUGUAAACUUAAAAAUGGCUUCUGUCAGUCUAUUUUGAGUUCUCAAUCAUGAUAUGGAAAUAUCAUAAUUUAAUAUAUGGCUUAAUAGUUACUUUCCUUUCUGUAUAAGUGUUUUUGAUCUGUGUGUAGUUUUGUUGGUUUUUUUUACUCAGGAAUGCACAGCUGAUUUUGGAGGCUAUAGAAAUUUCAUCAAGGGAUCAGAAGACCCAAUAGAUGAAAACCCAUGUGUGAAAUUUUCCUCCAGUAAUCAGUAUCUUUCAUGAGUUUUCUUUUUGCAUGACCUUUCAUAUUCAACAGAUGAAUGUACUCUAUAGAAGAAAAGCUUGUCUGUUUUACUUUGUCCUGGGAUGAUCCUCCAGUGUUCAUGGAAGAGACGUAUGAUAGUUAUGAGUCAAGUGAUGCCAGCUCUGCCAGGAGCACAGUUUAAUUUGCUUCAGGCAAAAAAACAAUAGCUAAAUAUAUCUCAGACUAAUUAAACUGUGCAACACAGGUAGUUUUGCCCCAAAUGAGGUGAUAGGCAUAUGCAAACCUUUUCCAGCUAGUCUGACAGAGAUUACUCAUCUUGCUUGCUUUGCUGGAGGAAGGUGGAAAUGCCUUUGUGUGUCAUCUUAGGUUUAGUCUGUGAUACUAACACCAGCACUUUAAUGAAUGCUAUUUCAGAUUUCUCCCUCAUUACUUUUAGAGUUAACACAUUUCAGUCAUUCAUGUAAUGGAGGAUGUUUUGGUGUUUUUUUUUCCUGCUGUUUGCAAUAAUUGAUAGACACUCUUCUGCUGGUCUUUCAAAAGGUAGAAUAUCAUUAAAAUAGGCCUGUUCACAUCUUAUUUUUCAAAGCUUUUUAUAGGGAAUUGGAUUGUAUUGUUUUCUCUCAAGUUGUUUCUCAAAACAAAAACAUAGGGCAAUGCCUCUAAUUGCAGUAAGUAAAUUUCUCUUUCUGCUUUACACUGUGAACUGAGCUUUAUUGUCACAACCCUAGUUUUAGUACCUAAAAUGUCAUUUAAAUGAACAAAAGAGUUAGCUGCUGAAAUGAAACAGCCCAACUGUCAUGUUGGCCUGUUUCAUGGUGACUGUUACUGCAUUGAUGCUAUUUUGUAGACAGUCUGUGUGACAAGGCUAGAAUUUUUAACAGGUCUAACUCUGCUUCCAUUAAAAGAAGCAGGGUCAUACUUAAGGUUAAAUCCUUGUGAACUGGCUGUCUAAAUUGAGAUUUGAUGAUAUUUACAUCUUCAGAAGUGUUGCUAUCACAAAGCAGGAAGGUAAGAAGUCUAGAAAUUUUAUUCUGUUACUAUUAAAAUGCUAACUUCUCUCAACAAAUAUUUGAGAAAGUCCUUGUUAAACUAGACUGGUAGAAGCCUAAGUCUUUAGAGUUAAAUUCCUUAAACAUCCAUAGAUUCUACUCUUUGCAUGCAGCAAUUUAAAUAAUGCACUUAGUAGCCUGUAUAUAGAUGUAAAAAUGUUGGUUUGGGAUUUUUUGUUCUGUUUUCUGAAUGUUUCUAUGUUGUUGAGCUUAGAAUUUGUUCCUGUUUUUCUCUGCAUUUGAAUGUAUUGUCUGAACUACUCCAGUCUUAAUUUUUACUUGUGGCAGGCUGUUUGAUGAAGGAAAAAUGGAAGGUAAAUUCCUUUUGAGUCUACUUGGGUACUUUUUACUGGGUUUGUAGUUAGGGUGUGUCUCACAGAGACACUUUUUUGUGAGAGGAUAGAUUGUAGCAUUUGGUGGAGACUGAAUGCCAAUAAAUUGUAAAUACAAGUCAAUUCCCUGCUUUUAGCUAGUGGCAAAGACAUUUGUUUUCCGGUUGUAUUUAGCUUUUUUGUUUCCUUGCAGACUGUGCCACCCAAAUGAGUAAGUAUCCAGUAUUCACAGUCUUUUCAAAGGUCUCUUUUUUUCAUUAUCUACAAGUUUGCAUUCCCAGUUAGGCUUUCUAAGAGAAAUUACUGAGAAAUGUGUUCUACAUGUUUGCCAAAAAGUUGGAACUUUCUGUCUAUUCUUAAAUGCUUUAUGUCAGUAAUGGAAAAAAGCACAGGAAUCUUAACUUGCAAAAACAUAAGAGCAUUAACCAGGAAAGGUGCUUUAUCUCUUAAGAAGUGCCAUACCAAAAUUUAUUGUGUCAAAUCUCUCAAUGAGAAACUUUUUUUCUGCCUUUGUUACAUUUGUAAGUGUAUGGGCCAAAUUCUCUUGUAGCCUGAUUCUACUGAAUUAAAUUUUCUUGAGUCUCUCACAGUAGUACUCUACCUCUAAAAUCUGGGGGGGAAACCCCAAGAACCAAUUAGGCAUUGAUCUGUCUUUCUACUUAUUGAACUUUUCUGUGAAGAAUGGUGGGUGGCUAAAUUGGUACAGUUGAGAUAUUUUCUAUAAAUGUUUACAUUUCUGGGUUUGUUUCUGAAAUAUUUUGGUUGUACUUCUGUGUUUUUGACUUGGAAAUAAAUUAUUUGUAUGUUUAUUGAAA